AUGGAUAUGAGAAGUUCAGUGGAUUCUCUAAUGGAAAUCUUGAACAGUGUCUUACAGAACAAUAGCUGGGAAGAACUAGCUGUUAUCACAUGCCACCCAUGGGAAAGCACCAUCAUACUUGACUAUUUGACCACUAAUACAAGCAUAGAGACACAUGAGAUCCUCAACAUUUACUCACUUGAUGAUGCUGAUGUGGGAACUUACCUGAAUCAUCACUUUGAUACUAUAAAGAAUCCCCAGAUACCUUUGCUUCUACAUGGAUGUGAUGCCCAGCGAUCUUCCUUGGUGUUCCAAGCAGCCAAAGACUAUGGGCUGGAGCCACUUGAGUUUCACUGGCUGGUUGGACAACCACUUAAUGUGGAAGAGAUGCAGACAGAUGGCUUGCCCCCUGGUUUGUUAGCUUAUGGAGAAGUCAGCCGACCAAGUCUGGAAAACUUUUUAAGAGAUGCGGUGGGGCUAGUAACUAAAGCCAUCUCCAGAGCAGUCCAAGUGAGACCAGAUCUUGCACUUAUUCAAACCAUGAUAAAUUGCAACGAUAAACAGACAUCACAAAAUGAGUCUUCUGGCAUGUACCUUUCCAGGUAUUUAUCCAACACAUCGUUCUCUGGACAAACAGGGCGUAUCUAUGUAACAGGCAAUAAUCUGGUCCACACUGAGCGCCACUACAAGAUUUGGAGCCUUGUGCGUGACUCUGUAGGGCAUCCAACAUGGGUUACUGUGGGAGGCUGGCAUGAAGGUAAAAUGGAAGUGGAGGAAGGUUUGUGGCAGAAUCGAAUUAAAAAACAUGAACCAGUUUCAGUAAUGACACCACGUACCAAACUCCGAGUGGUAACUCUGGUGGAGCAUCCUUUUGUUUUCACACGAGAAGUUGAUGCAGAUGGCAGUUGCCCAGCUGGCCAAAUGUGUUUGGAUCCUCGGACUAAUAACUCUGCCUUAUUAGGUAUGCUGUUUGAAGAACUUAACUCACCAAAUGGCUCUGUACCAUUGGAAUACAAAACAUGCUGUUUUGGUUACUGCAUUGACUUAUUAGAAAAAUUAUCUGAAGAUCUUGGGUUCGAUUUUGAACUGUAUAUUGUUGGAGAUGGAAAAUAUGGUGCACGGAAGGGGAAUCACUGGACAGGAUUAGUUGGGGACUUGUUGAGUGGAGCAGCCCACAUGGCUGUCACCUCAUUUAGCAUCAACUCAGCUCGAAGCACUGUAAUUGACUUCACCAGUCCUUUUUACUCAACAAGUCUUGGUAUCCUGGUAAGAAUGAAAGACACUGCCUCCCCUAUUGGAGCCUUUAUGUGGCCCUUACACUGGUCCAUGUGGUUGGGUAUAUUUGUGGCUUUGCACAUUACAGCAUUGUUUCUCACAUUCUAUGAAUGGAAAAGUCCUUUUGGCAUGACCCCACAUGGACGUAAUCGUAUGAAGGUCUUCUCUUAUUCUUCUGCACUCAACUUAUGUUAUGCUAUUCUCUUUGGGAGAACAGUCUCAAGUAAAACACCCAAAUGUUGCACAGGCAGAGUUCUCAUGAACCUUUGGGCCAUUUUCUGCCUACUUGUCUUGUCAAGUUACACUGCAAACCUUGCUGCAGUCAUGGUAGGAGAGAAGACCUUUGAGGCUUUGUCUGGAAUCCAUGAUCCAAAGCUUCAUCAUCCUUCUCAGGGUUUCCGUUUCGGAACGGUGUGGGAAAGCAGCGCAGAGCAAUACAUUAAAAAAAGUUUUCCUGAAAUGCACAGCUACAUGCGAAGGUUCAGCGUCCCAUCCACCUCAGAUGGAGUCCAAAUGUUAAAAACAGACCCCCCGAUCCUUAAUGCUUUUAUCAUGGAUAAAGCUUUGCUGGAUUACGAGGUAUCCAUAGAUUCAGACUGCAAACUGCUGACUGUGGGGAAGCCCUUUGCAAUAGAAGGAUACGGAAUUGGCUUACCCCAAAACUCUGCCCUAACCUCUAAUAUUUCAGAGUUUAUAAGUCGUUACAAAUCAUCUGGAUUCAUGGAUACUUUGCAUGACAAAUGGUACAAAAUGGUGCCAUGCGGGAAGCGGGUAUUUGCUGUGACUGAGACGCUCCAGAUGGGAAUUUACCAUUUUUCAGGCCUGUUUGUUCUACUUUGCAUUGGAUUCUGUGGUUCACUUCUGACAUCAUUGGGUGAGAGAGUGGUCUACCAUCUUGUUAUACCUCGUAUCCGAAGGCGUCGCAGAUUCAAAUACUGGCUGCAUACUAGUCAGGUAAAUUAA